UACAAGUUGAUUCCUUUGCUCUAAUAAUAUUAGUAAAAAAAAACUUUGCAUUGAAUUCAAUUCAAAAUAAACCUUUCUUUCUUUCUUUCUUUCUUCUCUAUCAUUUUAUCUGAAUCCGCCUCCCAAAUUCAAUCCUUUAAUUUUCAACUCCAAAUCGAUCCUUCAAUCAAUUUCUGAAACUUUUAGUCAUCAUCAGCUCAAUUUCGGAUCUCCGGAGUUGUAUUUUUACUCCUUUGUCGGAGGUAAAAUGGCUCAGUCGUCGUUGGUGGCGGCGGCGGGGAGAAGCGGAAGGGUUAUCGGCGAUUAUGCGGUGGGUCGACAAAUCGGGUCGGGGUCGUUUUCCGUGGUUUGGGAAGGGAGGCAUCUUGUUCAUGGCACCGUCGUUGCUAUCAAGGAGAUCGCUAUGGCUCGGCUUAAUAAGAAGUUGCAAGAGAGUCUCAUGUCGGAGAUUAUCAUCUUAAGGAAGAUUAAUCAUCCUAACAUCAUUCGCUUUAUCGACAUGAUCGAGGCUCCCGGGAAGAUAAAUUUGGUGUUGGAGUACUGUAAAGGUGGUGAUCUGUCUAUGUAUAUUCACAAACAUGGAAGUGUUCCUGAAGCUACUGCUAAGCAUUUUAUGCUGCAGUUAGCGGCUGGCUUACAAGUUCUUCGUGACAAUAAUAUCAUUCACCGCGAUUUAAAGCCUCAGGUAUGUCUGAUAACUCAAACCCAGAUUUGAUCUUUUUAUGUCAGUUAGACCAUGACAAUACGUGAGAGCUCAUUCUUAAAGAUUAAUCUCUCGAAGAGUUGAAAGGACGCCGUAGAAGGGUAUUCUGUUAGGUUUCUCACAGGAUAUGGUUUCUUUCCGAGAAAUUCUUUCACUAGCUGAGAUAAAGAUUUUUUCUGAAAUUGAAAUUCGAUUGCUAAGGUUCUUUCGUUCUUGAAACAGAAUCUUCUUCUAUCCACAGAUGAUAAUGAUGCAGCUCUGAAGAUUGCCGAUUUUGGAUUUGCAAGGUAUUUUAGUCAGCCCCUUUGUUACAGAAACAAUGAGUGUAAUGUGAUAAUCAGAGUUGGUCUUAUAUGGUUUCUGCUUUUCUUGUAUCUAUCUAUCUAGCACUUAAACAUCACACUAUCUAGCCUGUGGUAGCACCCUUUGAGUUUGUAAUUAGCACUUAAACAUCACACUUUCUUAGCUCAGAUCGUUGCAGCCUAGGGGUUUGGCAGAAACUUUAUGUGGUUCACCACUGUAUAUGGCCCCAGAGAUUAUGCAGCUUCAAAAAUAUGAUGCAAAGGCAGAUCUCUGGAGUGUUGGUGCUAUAUUAUUUCAACUUGUGACAGGCAGAACCCCUUUUACAGGAAACAGCCAAAUUCAGUUGCUCCAGAACAUUAUAAGAUCAACUGAAUUACAUUUUCCAGCAGACUGUAGAGAUUUGAGUACCGACUGUAAAGAUCUAUGCCAGAAGCUACUGCGUCGUAAUCCAGUGGAACGUUUGACGUUUGAAGAGUUUUUUCAUCAUCCUUUCCUUUCAGACAAACAAUCAUAUGAUUUCACAAGGAGUAGAUUAGAUUCACGAACUAUGAACGAUUUUCAUUCAUCAGGAAGCAGUCCCUCAAGAAAUAUAGAAGAAAUUUCUCAAGAAGACGGGUUGCCGUUCUUUUUAGAUGAUGAUUCUAGUGGACCUGAGGGAAGCCCUUCAUCUUUUAAACAUACUUCCCCGAUGAAGUCAUCUUACGGAUUUAGUGUUGAAAGAAGGGAGGCAGCAUUAAGUCCUUUGAAAAACAUGGAUCUUUCUUCCAGAUAUAGUAGAGUCAGUCAUAGAGCAGAAACCAAUAAUUUCAAGUUUGAGGGCCAUAGAUUAUCAGAUAGAAGCCAAUUCAAACCGUCAAGCUUACCUGAUUCCAGAUCAUUUAGUACCCAAGGAAGAGGGGAUUCUCCAGACUCAAUGGAUCAAGAUUAUGUUCUGAUAUCUGGACCACCGGUUGAUAUACCAUCAUCUUCAUCUGGUUCUCCGAAGCCUUUCAAUUACCCAUUCAAAUCACAUUCUCCUCCUGUAGAGUUCAUCAAGAGAAAUGUAACUAAUUUAACGGCUCCUAUGCCAAUAGCUAGUGCUACUGGCAACAACCUUAGUCGAUUUGGAAGCUUGGAGAGUCAGAAUUGUAUCCCGGGUACUUCCCAUGGGUCUCUGGAUCUUGUAGAUGCUUUUGAACAGCCAUCAACUAACAGCUUGACAAGAAUCCGGUCUUUGCAAAAGUGUGCAGCUGCAAUAGCAGAAUUGGUUCAUGAAAGGGGUGAAAAUGGUAAGCAUUUAGAAGCUUUCUCGAUCCAACUGGUGAUUCUUGCAAUUUGGAAUCAAGCACUACACAUCUGUCAUACUCAGGCAGUCUCGGGUAUAGAAGGAAGCCUGCUCCAAGACAUUAACAGAGUAGGAAGAAAUAUCAGCCACGGAGGAUCAGAGAAGUUAUUGCCUCAGAUUCAGAAAGAAUUUGUCCAGGAAGUGGAGCGUGCUGAAGAACUUGCCAAGUUUGUUGAAUCUGAUAAUGCAAAGAUGCCGGAUGCAAUGGAGAUGAUACUUCAAGCAGCUCUUGCUCUUGGCAUAAGUGGAGGAGUAGAUGAAGUGAUGGGAGACGCAGAGAACGCAGGAAACCUCUACUCAAAAGCGGUGCGUUUGUUAGUCUUCCUUGCAGUGGAGGCGCAGACGCUGAUUCUCAAUCCACCUUUAACACUCACAAACUCAGUAAGGUAUCGACUCAGAACAUAUAUUGACUCACUCAUAACCAGAUUGAAACAUCUGCAAUCACAUAGAAGAACUUCAUAUCCUCAGAAGCAAUGAGGAGGAACAAAAAAAUCCGAAAUGGUUCUCGUGUUUGUUUUGUUCAGUGUCUGUAAUUGUAAUCAUUUGAUUGUACAGCCAAAACCAAAAAACGUAAUUCUUAAUUCUUUUGGGGUUAAUCCGGAGGGACUUGUAACAUUCUCUUUGCUGUGACGCUCAUCAAUUGUUUCUAUAGAUUUAAUUUUAAUAUAUUUGAAAAGAAUCUGGUUAAAUUUCCAUGUAUGAUGUUGUGAAUCUUGUGAUAUUGAAAUAUAUAUUGCCAAAUCGGUGACUGAACUUUUUUCGUUAUUUCAUGUUGUA